AUGAAAACAAUAGCAAAUUUUGGUUACGACAGACCUUUCGGGGGUAAGGUUGUUGUAUUGGGAGGAGACUUCAGGCAAAUUCUUCCGGUUAUUUCAAAAGGAAGUCAGGCUUCUAUUGUGGGGUCGACAGUCACUUCAUCCUACUUAUGGAAAUAUUGCAAGGUGAUGAAACUGACAGUAAACAUGAGAUUACGGAGCGCCUCAUCCUCAGCGUCUGCUGCAGAGAUAAGGGAGUUUGCAGAGUGGAUUCUUAAGGUGGGCGACGGAACAGUUGACACCAUCGACGAGGAUGAAACCACGAUUGAGAUUCCGUCGAAUUUGUUGAUUGGACAAGGUCCUGAUCCUCUUCUUGAAUUAGUUAAUUUUGCUUAUCCGGACUUAGUCGCGAACUUGGAAAAUGAUUUGUACUUCCAAGAAAGAGCGAUUCUCGCCCCGACCCUCGAGAGUGUCGAGCAAGUAAACAACUACAUGUUGUCAAAGAUUCCUGGUGUCGAGAGAGAGUACUUGAGCUAUGAACGUAUGAGUGGAAACAAACACGCAUAA